CGGGGGAGGGACUGUUGAAGACAGGUCUCCACACACAGCUCCAGCAGCCACAUUUGCAGCCUUGGCCAUCUGUCCAGAACUUGCUCCCACCUCAGGCCCAGGCCAACCGUGCACUGCUGCAAUGGGCUCUGAGCUGGAGACGGCGAUGGAGACCCUCAUCAACGUGUUCCACGCCCACUCGGGCAAAGAGGGGGACAAGUACAAGCUGAGCAAGAAGGAGCUGAAAGAGCUGCUGCAGACGGAGCUCUCUGGCUUCCUGGAUGCCCAGAAGGAUGUGGAUGCUGUGGACAAGGUGAUGAAGGAGCUAGACGAGAAUGGAGACGGGGAGGUGGACUUCCAGGAGUAUGUGGUGCUUGUGGCUGCUCUCACAGUGGCCUGUAACAAUUUCUUCUGGGAGAACAGUUGAGCAGACAGCCACAUUGGGCAGCGCCCUUCCUCUCCACCCUCCCAGACCUGCCUCUUCCCCCUGCUUCCACCUCACCCCACUUAUCCCUCUCCAUAACCCCACCCCCGCCCACCCCACCCCCACACACCAAGGGCGCAAGAGUAGCGGUCCAAGCCUGCAACUCAUCUUUCAUUAAAGGCUUCUCUCUCACCAGCCAUCCGA